GCGCCGGGGAAGCAUGGCUUCUCUUCGGGUGCUGGUGGACAUGGACGGGGUCCUGGCCGAUUUCGAAGGCGGGAUGUUGCGAGGCUUCCUCGCGGCCUACCCGGGGGAGCCUCACAUAGAAUUGGCGCAGCGAAGGGGCUUUUCAGCGAAGGAGCAAUAUCGGUGCCUGCGGGAGGAUCUGGGGAUGAAGUUAGCCAGCGUGUAUGAGUCACCAGGCUUCUUUCUGGGUUUGGAUCCCAUUCCUGGAGCUAUUGAAGCAAUGCAAGAAAUGAUCCAAAUGCCCAACACCGACGUUUUUAUUUGCACAAGCCCUCUACAGAAAUACGAGUACUGCGUUCCAGAGAAGUAUAGCUGGAUUGCAAAACACUUGGGUCCCAAAUUUGUGGAGCGACUAAUUCUGACCAGGGAUAAGACAGUGGUGUCAGCUGACCUGCUUUUUGAUGACAAGGACGUUGUUAAAGGGGUGGAGCCUAACCCGAGCUGGGAGCACAUUUUGUUCUCUUGUUGCCAUAACCAGCAUCUAAAGCUGCAGCCCCCACAAAGGAGACUGGAGUCUUGGACUGAUGACUGGAGGACAAUACUGGAGAGCAAACGCUGCCAGGGUGCCUAAGGAGAGGGGCAUGAAGGAAACUCCACUGCACGGAAGAACAUCCCCAGUCAGCUGGCCUAGACGGGAACAGAUGUCCCAUUUACGCCCCUCAAAUGCGCAACACAAUAGUAUCUUAUCCUAAUUAUGCUUGCUUUAGUUGACCUAUUAAAUGUUAAA